AUGGCUGGUUUGCAAAGGUCUGCAAAAUCAUUCAGGAGACAAGGAUCAUCGGGUCUGGUGUGGGAUGACAAGUUCUUGUCAGAAGACCCCUUGAAUCAAACGAAGCCUAACCAUCAACAGGUCAACCGGAAAGCCGACCGCCACAGAGAGCUACGGCCAUCCCAGAGCAAGAAGUCGAUUGAUGCUGCGGUGCAGCAGAGCAGAUCCACCGGCAGUCAGCCCUGCUGCACUGUCAAGGUCGAGUCUCCACCGCUGGACCCGCCUUCUCCGAGAGUCUCCAGCUGUGGACUUUGCGGCAUCUUUGGCAAGCCAUCCACUGCCCCUCAGUCAAACUCGAGAAACAAGAAGCGCAAAUCAAAGAAUUACCAUGCACGGGGUCUGAACCCUAUGUAA